AUGCAGCAAGGGACUUGGUCACUUGUCCCUUUUCCUUCUUCCAAAACACCUAUUGGUUGCAAGUGGGUAUUCAAGAUCAAAAGAAACUCUGAUGGCACUAUUACUAGGCACAAGGCCAGGUUGGUUGCUAAGGGAUUUUUGCAACAAGAGGGGGUUGAUUACAAUGAAACUUCCAGCCCUGUAGCUAAACAACCUACUAUUAGGAUGUUGCUAUGCAUUGCCUUACAUUAUCAAUGGCCGCUUAAGCAGCUUGACAUAAGUAAUGCUUUUCUUCAUGGAACAUUGGAGGAAGAGAAGACUUCCUGUAUCACUAUCCUACUUGUUUAUGUGGAUGACAUUCUACUCACUAGCAGUAGUAUUCCUUAA